UCUAGCUUUUUAUUUAGGCUCGAUCUAACGAUCGGUUUGAUUGAUGUGUUUCAGAGGUCCAUAGAGAUUCGUAGCGAAAUGUCUUAUCCAGAACUGGAUUGGCGUGUUUCCUUUCAGGAGCAGGUCAAAUCGAGAAAAAGCUUGUUUGAAAUUGCUCUGGCACCCAGGAAAUCAGUGAAGUCUUCGAAAGAAUCAAAAAUUGCUAUCGAUAUAGUUCCGGCAAAGUCGACCAUUUACAAAUUUAUGCAAAACCUAAUCAUUCGUUUACGAGAACCAUUCCAACUUGAAAGAAUACUCCGGUACAGAGGGAUUAAAAAUGAAGUUUUAUUCGAACUGGAAUCAAAUCCGCAACUUAUUUCAAACAAAGAUUUUCUACCAUUGGAAUGGUUUGACGACUUCGAGUAUGACCCAAUGUCGGCGGAGAGGUGGCUAUCCAUCAGCAAUCUGGAAGGGUUUGCGCUGAUUCCAGAUCCCGGAUCUGAAGAAUGGAACUGGAGGAAGGUUACUGUUGUUGAUUAUGAUCAAACCAACUUCUUUUGGACUGUUAUGGACAAUAAUGAACGCUGUGAAGUGCCACGAGUCCGUCUGUACCUUUUAUACGAAGAUCCGGGUUGCUUUUGUGAACGCAUUGCCUCCGCACUAAACAGCCGGAAUGACGCCGAGAAUCGACUGAGAUUCUAUUAUCUUCGACAGCUGGUGGAUGUGGAAGGAUAUUUUGAUCUACCGGAUGAAAUGAGUGAACGAAUUUCAAAAAAAUCCAGCGGCGAUGCUUUGGUGGCGUUUAAAUUUCUCUAUCGGAAGUUUCAUCUUAUGCUAGCCUUGAACUCUUGUCUUGUGCAAAACGAAUGGCUCAAUAUCCAGCCAAUCCCAACCAAAAUGGAGCCUAUUCCGCGGUGCAUUAAGGACAAUAUUCGUGAUGUAUACGUUUUUGAGUCAACGUUUGCGACGAUAAAAAGAAUUACCAUGCUCUGUCAUCCGGCCGUUGUAAAAGCACUUCAACAAGUUCACAUUGAAUGUGAAAAGGUGAAGGAGAAAUCUCUUUUCGCCUUGGAAUUCAAAGAGCCCGUGACACUUGCAGAGUUCAAAACCGUGAAUGUAACGCAGAUAGUGAAAACAAUGCAGUAUUUAAAAAACAGAUGGAUCGAAAAAACUACAAUGAAGGUGCAUCAAAAUCUCCUAGAAACUGGUAGAGGCUGGUUCGAUGUUUCAGUGAAGGAUUGGACUAUCUACCGUUUCAUGAAGCUCCAUCGCUUAAUCGAACAAAUCAAGUAUAGGAUGCAGACAGCCCUUCGAGAUGUUGUUCUGACUUCAACCGAUAGGUAUUUUCAUCAAUUAUGCGACCCUUGCUCAUUGGCACUGAUAGUUGACGAAGAAUUCACUUGGGAAGAUAAUUUGAUCGAUUCUCCAUUUGACUCUGGUCUAAGACCCGUAUUCUACCUGCUAUUGGAAAUGGGAGACGACACUCCUUACUAUUCCACCCAUCCAGAUGAGUUUGAACCAUGCUUAGAAAUGCUGUUCGAAGAAGCUGUAGCCAAUACGCAUGAUGUGCACAUAAUCGAUCCAUCGUUGCUCGGAUCACUGAUAUUCGAUCCCGUUCUAUUUUUGUCUUCCGUUGGUCUGUUAGACCCCGUCAUUCAACAACGCAGAGAUUUUCUCACACUCACGUAUCGUAAAACAAUCAUACCCCUGAAAGCCUAUGCAGCACGAUAUUUGGAAUUCAAAGAAUUGUUCUUUACCAAUGUUGCGGAUUACGUGGAAAACGUUAAAUUAAAUAAAACGUCGCUACAAGUUAAGGAAGAGAUAUCCUUCCAAAUACGCAUGCGAGAGAGCCUGGAACGUACUCUGCCGUUCAGUAUUGUGAUCGGAUCAUUCUGGAUAAAUGUUCGACCCCUCCGCGAUGCCCUUAUUCUAAAGCGCCAAGAGCUGACAGCAGCGUUGCUAAAAAUGCUCACCGAACGACUUUGCGCCAAAACCUCCGAUAUUGUGUCCGAGUACAAUGAUGUUAAUGAGAAGAUGUGCGAGAAACCGAUUUCCAUUGAGCACAUUUUCGAAAUUCGUGCUUUCAUGGAAACUAUACCGGAGCAGCUGCAGAACUUAGAGGAGCGCAUGAAGGCGGUGGCGUUUGAAUACGAAAUCUUGGAGUUUUUCCGUCACGCGCUUCCUGAUUCGGAUUUCUACCAAAAGUGGCAGGCACUCGCAUUUCCACAGAACAUAUUGAAACAGAUGACCACAGUUUCAGAAUUUAAUGAAGGGGAGGUUGACCGAUUCCGCAAGCAGCAGGUCAGUGAUGAAGCCGAAUUCGGGGGCAAAGUUGAAGAAAUUAAUGUUUAUAUUUCGAAGUUCACUACAUUAUAUGAUGUCGCCAAAGUUGCUGAAAUAUCAAUAGAAGUGAAAAAGCUUUGGAAAACUAUCAACGAAUUGAUUCAAUACGGAGAAACACUUAACAAGCGCCAGGAGCUGUUUGAGCUGAAUGCAAUUGAUCUGUCUAAUUUGUUCGAUUUGAAAGAAAGUUUUGUGGACUAUAAGAAUUUGUGGUCCCUCGCGGCCGAGUAUAUCAAUGUGGAAGAGAGUUGGCAAGAAAAUCCGUUGUCCAGCUUGGAGCUAGAAAGUGUUUCCAAUUCCGUAGCCUAUUAUAGAACAUGUUUCACAAACCUGAUGGAUUCAUUCGAAGAUCAACCUCAAAUCAAAGAAGUCGUGAAAGCAUUCGUAGAAAGAGUUGAAGCUUUUGAGCCGCACCUAUCCGUUAUAAAACUACUCCAACACCCAUUACUGCAACCAAUCCACUGGGCUCAGUUAGCAAAAGCUGCUGGAAUCAAAGUGAAAAUAUCGCUGGCCUCUAACUUCCAAUUAUUUCUGGAGCAUCGAAUCGAACUUCACUUGGAAGUACUCCGUGAUCUCAUCCAAAAAGCAGAGGAACAGAAAGAAGAGUCCGAACGGAUACAAGCCGAACAAGAAGAAAUUUGGCGCAAGGAACAAGAAUACCUGCGCCAAAGGGAAGCGAGACGCCUACAGAGGACGGAAAUUUGAUUUGCUGCUUUGCUUAGAAAUAAAGAAGAUCUAAGUUAUGAAUAAUUGAUUUUACGUCUGGCUCACAAUUAAUGGCCUCAGGUCAGGAAUAAGAACGAACACAAAUAUUUGUAAAUCCAAGUCCCACUUAUAUUCCGAUCGACGAGCAACAGUUACUUCAUUCGACGAAAUUCAAUUCAUAAUUGAAUCGUUAUUUUCUCAUAACUCUCUCCAAACUCGGUUCGUUUAUCCGGGGAAAAACUUUGCGCAACAAAUCGUUCACCGAACAACCAAACUUAGCCUAUUCAUGCGAACGACUCCGGAGAGUUGGUAAUAUCUUACAGCAUUUCUAUAUAUCUCUUCAUUUCCUAUCGAACAGUCGAUUUUCGUCGGUCGUAUAUCCGUUCAGAAAUUUCCCUCGUUCCCGUGUUCCACUUUCAUCUGCUUUUAUCAACUUUUCCAUUCAUCGAUGGGAGUCGGGCGUUCAUAUCUGCAUCCUAUCUGGUCCUUCCCAUCGCGUCGAGGGAACCGAAAUGCCGUUCUCCGCCAUCCUGACGGACUGGAUGUGUGGCUG